CGAUAUUCAAUAUUGGCAAACCCUGGCAAGUCAAAAUUCAAACCAUGAAAUUAGGUUCUGCAAUCGCUAGCAUUCGCUUGCCCCACACGAUUACCCACCGCCACCUUCUCCCCCCAUUCCCAUAUUCUUCAUUUACCUCUUACAGUUUUCACAGAACAAAUAUGUCUCAAUUCAGGAUCUCUGUGGCCGCGGGUUCCUCUCCCACCGCUGGCACCACAGAUGAGGCUCAACCAGUGCUAAAGCCCAAACCGCCUCCGCAGCCGUGGCUGAUUGUCGGCCUUGGCAACCCGGGGAAAAAAUACCAGGGCACUCGCCACAAUGUGGGAUUCCAGAUGGUGGACGCUAUAGCUGAAGCUGAAGGGAUACCGAUUAGCUCCGUUAACUUCAAAGCUCUCUUUGGAAAAGGUUUUAUUGGAAAUGUUCCAAUCAUGCUUGCCAAGCCACAAACUUUUAUGAAUUUGAGUGGUGAGUCUGUUGGUGCCCUUGUUUCGUAUUACAAGAUUCCUUGGAAGCAAGUACUAGUGAUUUUUGAUGACCUAGAUUUGCCUUUUGCCAAAUUGCGACUACUGCCAAAAGGUGGACAUGGAGGACAUAAUGGGAUGAAAAAUAUCAUUGAUCACUUUAAAGGAAGCCGUGAUUUUCCUCGUUUAAGAAUCGGCAUUGGACGUCCUCCUGGAAAAAUGGAUGCUGCUAACUUUGUUCUUCGCCCCUUCACAAAGCAAGAAUGUCAAGAGUUGGAUUUUACAUUUCAACAAGGUGUGGAAGCAGUUCGAAUUCUUCUACUUGAGGGGUUUGAUAAAAGUGCAAAAUUCGUCAACACUGCCAAAACUAUGGAACAACUUGGCUAAUUCAUCUCCGUGUUAUUAUCUGCUCAACAAUAGCAUUUAAGGGUAGAAUAGAUUGAGUCAAAGGAGAUGGUAUUGAGAUCCAUGUUUUACAAGAUAAAAUGCCUACUAGAAAGCACUGAAUAUUCUUUCAUUAGAUGUUUUCUACAUCCAUUUUUAGGGAUAAAGCCAAAUGGGUGUCCCUGUACCAUGUAUUUUCAUUCAUUUACAUCCCUAUACUUUAAAAUUGUUCAUUAAGGUCCUUCUACUAGCAUUAAUGGGUUCAUUCAUUUGUGUCUUUCAACUUUCAUAAUAAUUUAAGAGAAAAUUG